GCGUGUGCCGUGCGGUGCACAGAGCCCGUGUUCGUGAGGGUGCUGGAGCACGGGCAGCAUGUCUACUUCUUCUUCACGGAGAUCGCCGUUGAGCUCAGCUCCAUGGGCAAGGUGCUGUUCUCGCGCGUGGCGCGCGUCUGCAAGAGCGACGCGGGGGGCUCUCAGCGCGUGCUGGAUGGCCACUGGAGCUCGUUCGUGAAGGCGCGACUCAACUGCUCGGUGGGGGGCGAGGCGCCGGGGGACGCCCCCUUCUACUUCAACGAGCUCCAGGGGGUCUCCGAGGUGCUCCACAUCGGGGGUCGCGAGCUCGUGCUCGGGGUCUUCACCACCCCCCUCAACAGCAUCCACGGCUCGGCCGUGUGCGCGUUCGACAUGGAGGACGUGGCCAGCACCUUCCAGGGCCGCUACUCGGAGCAGCGAGGGCCCGACGGCCCCUGGCUCGCCGUGCCGGAGGCCCGCACCCCACCCCCAG